CUCCCUCUUCUCGUUCUGCUCGCCCGUUUGGACUCCUCUUCUCUCUCUCGCUCGCGCGCUCUCUCUCUCUCUCUCUCUCUCGAUUUGGAUCUCGAAAAAGCUUCGAUCUUUGGAGAGCAAUGGUGGACAGCGGGCUCUACGGCGCAGUGCCGAGCACUCCAUUGCUGAAGGACGAGCUCGACAUCGUGAUUCCGACGAUCCGGAACCUGGACUUCCUCGAGAUGUGGCGCCCCUUCUUCCAGCCCUAUCACCUCAUCAUCGUCCAGGACGGGGACCCCUCUAAGACGAUCAAGGUUCCCGAGGGCUUCGACUACAAGCUCUACAACCGGAACGACAUCAACCACAUGCUUGGCCCGAAGGCCAGUUGCAUCUCCGUCAAGGACUCCGCCUGCCGCUGCUUCGGCUUCCUCGUCUCCAAGAAGAAGUACAUCUUCACAAUCGACGACGACUGCUUCGUUGCCAAGGAUCCAAGUGGCAAAGAGAUCAACGCACUUGAGCAGCAUAUAAAGAAUCUCCUUAGCCCUUCGACCCCCUUCUUCUUUAAUACUUUGUAUGAUCCUUUCCGUGAAGGUGCAGAUUUUGUUCGUGGAUAUCCUUUCAGUCUCCGUGAAGGUAUUACAACUGCUGUGUCUCAUGGCUUGUGGCUCAACAUUCCGGACUAUGAUGCACCCACCCAGCUUGUGAAGCCCCUUGAGAGAAAUACCAGGUAUGUGGAUGCAGUUCUCACAAUUCCAAUGGGAACUUUGUUUCCCAUGUGUGGGAUGAAUUUGGCUUUCAACCGUGAGCUGAUUGGCCCUGCAAUGUACUUUGGACUCAUGGGUGAUGGCCAGCCUAUUGGCCGUUAUGAUGACAUGUGGGCAGGAUGGUGUUCUAAGGUGAUUUGUGAUCACUUGGCAUUGGGAGUCAAGACAGGUCUGCCUUAUAUAUGGCAUAGCAAGGCAAGCGACCCAUUUGCGAACCUCAGAAAGGAGUACAAUGGAAUCCACUGGCAGGAAGAGAUGGUACCCUUCUUCCAAUCCGUAAAGUUUCCGAAGGGGUGCACCACUGUUCAGAAAUGCUACAUUGAGCUCUCCAAGCAGGUUAAGGCAAGGCUUGGGAAGCUGGACCCUUACUUCAACAAGCUAGCAGAUUCCAUGGUCACCUGGAUUGAGGCCUGGGAUGAAUUCAACCCAUCUGAAAAUAUGGGGGCUGCAACUGCUGAAGUCCCCAAUGGCCCGGCUCAAGGGAAAUAGAUGAGACAGCAUGGACCUAUGUCAUUUAUAUAGUCUCCCUUUUCUUUAGUGCCUCAGACUUUUAGCCUGCUAUAGGUGAACUCAACUUUUGCCCAUUGCAGAGGCUUAAAAGUAAGUACUUGGUGGUUGGGUUAAUGCAGUGCUUUCUUACUUUGAGAUGAUAAUAAGGUAUCAUUCGAUCUGAGAGCUGGUUAUAGGGUAGCAUGGUGUUGUGAAAUGAUACUUGUGAUCGGGUUGUAUUGAAUCUUAUGUUCUUCAGGUUUAAAGCUAAAAUUUGAAUAUUGGAAUUGGAUUUGCACUUUGGCCUA